CCCUAUCAGGAAGGUACCUGCAGAAAUGCUGAAAGUGAUAGCGGAAGUGAGGAAGGGAGCCGUCAAUCUAGGUGCCACGGGUUAUUCCGGAAAAGCGAGAACAGAAAAGGGAAGGUUGUGCCAGAGUCGAAAAUGAUGAGGAAGGGCUAUCCUAGAACCAGGAUGAAUUCUCCAGCCCAAGAAUCUGAGUGCGACGAUGAUGACAUACCUUCACCUAAAAAAAUGAAUGAUCCGGUCUUGAAUGAUGAUGAGACCGGAAGUGACAGUGAAAGUGUAGAAGAAGAUUGCACCAAGUCGGGUCCGAUACAGGGGAGUUAUCUGAGAACUAAUUCGAAACCCGAGCCUCGAAAGUUGAGACGUAUUAAUGAUGACGUGGUAUCAUCAAAAAGAACUACGAGUGUAGUCACUGUUAAAGAGCGGGGAAUCGUCGCAGAAGGAAGACGGUUGAAAAUUUGUAAAGGGACAGGAAAGAGGAGUAAUAGUUCUGGGCCCAAUUAUGAAACGCGACCAAAGAUCUCAAAUGCUAUCAUACAACCCUCCCAACCGGGAGGAACGUCGAUGAAGGCUAGGAAUGAUUUAAAAACGGUCAAUGAAACAGAGGAAAUCUCCCUCUUCAAGAAUAACCAACGAUGUCACGUGAUGAUGCUCGGGAAGAGAUGGUUAGAAGAAAUCAAGAAAGUUGAUGGAAGGACCGGACGUUCCGAUAACGAGUGGGAAUUACAGGCGACGCCAACAAUUUGGGAGAAUCAAGACAAGGUCGAUAAAAUUGGAAUUGACCCCGAAAUAGAAAAGGAAUCAGCAAGGGAGCUCCCAGAGGAUAAACAAAGUUCUUCUAUAGAAAUACUCAAGGUCAAGCAAAAGCGUGGCAAAGAUGGAGGUGUUCAUGAGAUUAGCACUCCGCAUGAUGAUCAUAAGUAUGACGGUCCAAAUGAGUUUUCCUAA